AUACAACAGCAUUACGAUAUUUUAAAACCGCAUUAUCAAAUGAUUGGAUUAGAAAGGAAGGAACUAUGACUGUUUUCAAUAAACCAAAUAUUGAUCCUUAUAUUUUUUCACUUUUACUUAGUUUUAUAUUUCAAUUCAAUAUUGAUUAUAAGAAAAAAAUGGUUGCCAAACUUGGUAGAGUAAUUCCGGCAUGUUCACAAUAUGCUAUUAAUGAUUCACAAUAUCAUGGUCCAUGUUUUGGUGAUGGCGAUUUAUGGAUAAAUGAUGAAUUUAAUCUAGCAGGAAAUUGUAGUUGUAAUAAAGAAAGUUACGAGCAAAGUGUUGGUGAUAUGUUUCACAGAGAAAGUUGGGAUAGUUGGAAUGGAAAAAAUGGAACUUUUGCUGUUGAUGAUUACGAAGUUUUUCAAGUUAUAAAAUUAAGGCUAAGUGAUGAAUAA